GCCAUGCCCACCAAGUGGUUCAGCGGGGCGCCCUUCGGGGUGCAGAGCCACAGGUUUGACGUCUCUGCUGUUUAUCCCAACCGCAAGAAGUACAGCACCUUCACAGAGGCCCCAUACUCCAAUCAUUAUUCUGUGGAACUGUCCCACAUAGGACCUGGAACCUACGGCUCCCAGGAGACCUGCUUCAGCAAGAAGAAGCUAAAGAAGGAGAUGGGCACAGGCUGGGCCAAGGCCCAGGAAGCCGCCCGGCUGACCCAGAUGCCCCACUUCCAGUACCAGGCCAUCAUGAGAGAGAAGCGGCAGCAGGAGCAAAAGCUGGGGCCCGGCUACUACAACUUCAAAGACUUCUUAGAACAGCUGAAGCAGAAACCAUGUAGCACCCGGGGGCUGCUCAGCUCUGGGGAGAUUCGCUUCCGAGGACUCACCGGGAACUACUAUCCAGGCCCUGGGAAUUACGGGGAGAAGGGCAACCCCUACACGAAGCUGGAGGAGAAUGCCUGGAACCGGUCCCAUUCGGAGGGCCUCAUGUGCAGGAUGACCAACAAGCCGCCCCCCUUGGCUCAUCAGGGGAGUGGUCUGGGACCUGGCACCUACUUCUUAAAAAGUGGCAUCGAGGCAUACCUGGAGCGAUCCGUCGGCACCCGCGGCCCCUAUGACACUUUCUCUGGUGACCGAAGCAAGCCCCUGCCUUACGGACAUUACUCUGUGCAGGAAAAAAACCCCAGGGAGCUGAUGAAUUUCAAGAGCUUCACAGACGAACUUAACUCACGUCACAAUAAGAAGCGAGGGGUUUUUUCCAAAGCUCCCCGCAACCCGAAAACCCCUUCGGAGAGGAUUUACUGGGCCACCCUUAGCCAGUGCCCCCGAACACUGGCCACAUCUGGCCCUGGCUUCUGGCUUCCACCGGUGGAGAAGCCCAAACACACCAACCAGCCGCCGUUCCUGCUGGCCUCCAAGCGGUCUGACACAAAGGCCUGCCAGAAUGUUUUGGGGAGCUGGAAUCCGGUAGGUGUGGGCCGAUACCUUAACACCUGGCUGAUGGAAACAAAGGACAGACGGCAGCGCUACCGGUCCCUGUUCCUGGGUGAAUCCAAACGCUACCUCUCGAACCUGGCCCGGGACAUGCUCAUGCAGGAAAGGAUCACACCUUUUACUAAGGGGAAGUGCCCUCCAACGGUGAAUUAUGAUUCAGAUCCUACUCCUUAAAGCCGUACGUGAAGGACAGCCUGCGGCAACUGGAGGCCCAAGGCCUGAAGACAAAUCUGGGGAUGGGAGGAUGGGCGUGGGAACGGGGGCGUCUUAGAGAAAGGACACGUGAGAAUGCCUAGGAGAGGGGAGAGAUGUGCUGGGACCACCCUGGCUGGAGCUGUAUACCUGGAGGUCACAAUGCCUGCUGGGACACCUGGGGCCAGAUAUCUUUUGUUCCAAGAGAUCAAAUAUCCUAAGAACUGGAAUCAGCCAGUGACACAACCAUGGGGGCCCAGAAGAUGGACUGAAGGGGUAGAAUGUGGUUGACACUCUUGGAAACCUUUCUAUUCUAAAGCACGUGCUUGGCUCCUUGUUCAUUAAAGUCCAAAAAGGGGUGG